AUGGACCCCGAAUCCCGAAUACGCAAACGCAUCCCGAAAUCCUGCAGGCGCUGCCAUCGGCGCAAACAGCGCUGCGUCGGGGUUCCUACAUGCACGAACUGUGGAUCCGCAAAUCAACCUUGCUCACGAGCCGAGACUGCUCCGUCAUGGCACCAUGGCAUGUCCAAAGGUGCCUUGGCUCACAGGAUUGAAACCCUGGAGGCUCAACUUGCCGCCGUUCUGAAUCGAGCACCAGAAUCAACGAGCACUCAGUCUUCGGGCGCUAGGGAAGCCACGGCGUCUCACCAUCCACCUGCGCAAAGGGGUCAACUAGAUGGAGUAGUUCGCUUCUUGACCUUUGGUCAUGAGACAGACGGGGAGACAGCCUAUCUUGGCCCAUCAUCGGGCCUCUCCAUUGCAGAGAAUCUAGGCCGAAUAGUCCACAGUACGGUCGGAGAAAAACUGUUACCCGUCAACUCCAGCAAUCAGAAAUCAGAAUCAUGGUGGGAGAGCACCGAGAGAGACAACGUUGCACCUCCUGAUGAUGCCGUGGGCUCACAAAUCCUCGACGCAUACUUCAAUAACAUGCAUCUACGCCUUCCUUUCCUGGACCGCACGGAGAUCCUGGAUUUGCAUGCGCAGAGAUAUCAACCGCCUGGCUCAACACCUCAAGGUCAGUUUGAGAAGUUUAAGCUUUUCAUGGUUUAUGCAAUUGGGGCAACUAUCUCUCAAAUGACUGAGAUGUACAAUUCAACUCCCCCAAAAGCCUUCCUGGUCACGGCCCUACAAUUCGAUCCCAGCUAUAGAGAGUCGCUCUCAAUUGCAAGUAUUGAAGCAAUGAUGCUUUUGGUUCUAUACAAUCUGCGGUCAACCUCCAAUUCCAGUGUGUGGUACAUGAUUGGAUUAGCGAUGAGGAUUUGUGUCGAUUUUGGAUUCCAUCGUGAAGCGCGCUAUCGCGAUCUGAAGCCACAUGAGGCAGAGAUGAGACGCCGUCUGUUUUGGAGUGUAUAUUUGACUGAAAGAUACACUGCUUGGGCACUUGGUCGACCAUUCAGUAUCGCAGAAGAAGAAAUCGACACCAUGCCUCCGCAUAACCUGGAUGAUUCAAUCAAUAAUGAUGACAUGAUCAGGCAAAUACUCAGCAACGAUGCGAGCAUCCAUACCCAGCCACAGAAACCUACUAUUGGCAGGUUUAUUGCUUCGAUCCAGCUGCAUCGCAUUGUCUCCCAAAUUCAUACCCGUAUAUACCGCGUCGACAAACCCAUCUCGCAAGUGUUGCCAGAAGUUGCUCCUCUGAUGGCCUCAUUGCAGGAUUACAAACAAACUUUGCCUUCUCUCGACCUCGAGGAGAAGGAAUUUGUGCAUAUGCACUGGAAUAACUCCCUCCGGAUACUCUUACAACCAUUUCUGAGUAUUCUGGAACCACAAGAUAAGCUCAUUGAAACUUGUCUGUCAGCCUCGGGUCAAAUGUGUCAGUUCUUCAAGAGACUCCAACAGAGAGACUCUUCGGGCUUUUCCUUUCUCCUUGUCAACUCCGUGUUCAUGGCAGGGCUUACCAUGUGCUUUUGUCUCUUCCGGUCACCAUGUCUUUGGACAACCACGGUGUCGAAUGACUUACGUGCUUGUUCAUCUGCAAUUUUUAUGAUGGCAGAGCGCAACCCAAAGCUAAAGAAACAUCGCGAUGGUCUUGAGACUAUCAUAAAUCGGGCGAUGGAGUUUGUCGAAGAGUCUGCAAAUACCAGAAGUGCAAGUGAACAGGGUCUUCCAACUCAGGGCCGUUCAACGGGUGAACAGCCUAUGCAUCACACUUCACCUCAUGGUUCCCUUGAGUCUCAAGCCCAGCAAUUUGUCCCAGAUAAUCUCUAUGCAGGCAGUCCCAGCGUGCUGUAUCCAUUCCAGGGGAUCAUUACCGAGGACUUCUGGACAGGCGAUACAUUCAGCGUCCCUAUUCUGGAGGGAUUUAACUGGCGAAUCUAA